AAAAUAUGAGGUCAAAUCAUGACGUCAGUGAUCUUCAAGUCGGAAAGUCGGAGCUUUAGAAAGAGGCCGAGGUGGAAUUCCAGAAGUCUUGGACGUAGUAAAGUCGGAAGUCGGAGCUUUCCGAGUUCACAGUUGUUUUGAACGCGGCAUCUCCCCUCUCCCUUCGCCGUGACGUAGGGUGCCUGCACAAUCCAACAUGGAGUAGCGAGCGAUGGGGCUCUCUCGGGGCCACCCCUCGGUAACGCCAGUGCCCAUUCAGCAACGCUCAACGGGCCGUCGAAACCCGGGCCCCCAGAAUUUAGGAGGCACAUUUUUUACUUCACCGUAUUAACCUAAGGAUUAUAAACUUUCGGAGAGUCUUUAUUUUACAGAAGCAACUGGUUGGCUUGACAAGAAAGGGACAGCCAGAGAGACCUACUGUAGUCGAAGACUGAAGCAACGAGCGUUGUGUAGUCACACAAAGGCAGCGGAAAGAUAGGCUUCUAUGCGGAAUAGAAGGGAAAGGACUGAGGAUAGGUGUUGAAAAAAAUGACGAGCAAAAAGUAUGCACCCGCAUUGGGAUAUUAUUAUUUCAGGUGAAACGAGAAAAUGAUAGAAGAAACACACCCAAACGAUGACAGCUACAUCGUGUGUGUAAAAGCCGUGGUGAUGGUGAGGGAUGAUUCCAGUGGAGGCUGGUUGGCCCAGGACGGGGGGGCUCUGAGUAGAGUGGGAGUCUGCAGGGUCCUGCCCCCCGAGCUGGGGCUGGGGCUCGUCCCCCUGGAUCGCUCCCACUUCCUCAUCCAUGGAGAACGGCUACGGGACAAACAGGUGAUCCUGGAGUGUGCUCUGAGGAAGAACCUUGUGUACACCAAGGCCACGCCCACCUUCCACCAUUGGAUGGUGGAGGACAGGAGGUGUGGCCUGACGUUCCAGAGGCCUGCUGAUGCCCGGGCCUUCGACAGGGGCGUACGGAAAGCCAUGGAGGACAUGAGAGAAGGCUCCACGACGUCCUCCUCAACACUCCAGAAUGAGGCUGAACUGGGCGACGAUGACGUGUUCACCGUAAGCACGACCCGUCUCAUUUAGAUGUUUUAACUGUCAGAGAUGUGGUUACCAUCAUUUCAUUACAUCAGCCCAGCCCAAAGCCCUUAUCGAUCAUAGGUCACUCAUAAAGGCAUACCUGUUACAUGUCUACCCCUC